CCUGAUAAGAAGGAUUGGGUGCAAAUGCCUUCGUUUCCAUUUUCUCAUAGUUUUCGUAUGGGGGUAAUUGGUUAUGCCGUUGGUUUUGGCGUUAUUUUGUAUAUAUUGUCUGACUUGCACGGAAACUUUGAUGUCCUUGCUUUUCAUGUGGGUAGAAAGAAUUGGAAACGAGUGGAAAUUGGCACUUGUACUCCUUUCCGAGGGAGGGCCGUGAUUGUAGGCAAGACUAUCUAUGCCUUACAUAUGUUUCAGGUGGGGGCGAUCAUAGCAUACUCCUUGGAGAUUAAAGAAGAUGAUGAGGGUGGUAUUGAAUAUUCACUAGUCCAGCUAUUUGAAUUAAACGGCCUUGACAUUGCAGAUCCGGCAUCACAAUUUGAUGGACUUGUAACCGACCAUUUGGUUCAUCUGGGAAACCAAGACUUCGUUCAUUUUAAGACUGGCACUAACGAAGAAUGUGAUAAGGUGCAAGAUCUUUGUAUCACCACGUUUCAAAUUGUUCAAGAAGGAAGAAGACAAAUGAUCGAGACCUUACAUUCAACUGUUCUUCCUGUGAAAAUCGUUGCUUGUAAUUGGUUCACACUUACGCUCGGCUUUACUCCAGAAUGCGGGGAUUAUGAACCCGAAGAAGGUAAGAGUGCAGCCAGCAUGAAGCAACCAAAACAAGAAGAUGACACCACUUUGGAUGAGAAUUCUUUGAUGCAUGAGGAAGAAGCCAAACAUGAAGUAGCCUUAAUGCAUCAUGAAAAAGGAAACCAGAAAAAACCCAAGAAUGCAAGCGGAAUAAUUAAAAACAAAAGAAAAAGAAAAAGCGGAUGGAAGGAGGGAUUACAUGUAACCAAAAAGAAGAAGUGGGAUUACAGGUAGACUGUAAUCUUGACUCUUUGAUUAGAUAGUAUGGAGGCAUUUUACUGCCAUCUUGGCCCCCUUAUUGGUUGUUAUCUUUUUUUCACAGUUGAUAUUGCUAUCUUUUGUUUUUGUUAAGGAUAUUUGAAUUAAUGAUCCAAUUUAUGUUAAGGAUUCAAUUUAAUUAAUCAAACUUUCUUUAUCAUGAGUGAUAUGAUACAUCUCAUUUGAUC